CCCGCUUAAAAAGUUCCCUUUUAAGAAGUUUUCCCGCGUAAGAAGUUAUUUUUUAAAAAAACCAAUUACCAUAAUGUUAAAUUUACUUUUAUAAGAAGUUUUUUUCCCGUUUAAGAAGUUUCCACUCCUAAUUUCAAUUUUUUAAAAUUUUAUUUAAAAUGUCUUAUUUAGUUUUAACUUGCCCUUACAAACACAUGUAUGGGUACUGACCACUGACCUUCAUCACUCCUUUGUUACAAAGAAAGGUGACUUAUCAGGAACAGGUGUGAGCAAAGGAAUGUGAACCUUUAGAUGAACUAUGAAACUGAUAAGAAUGUAGGGAAUAGCUUUGUCAUUGUGUCCACCUUAAAUGAAUAGCCUGGUGACUCACGAACUUCACUGCUGUCCACACCCAUUCAAUAACUGAAGAGAAAGAUACAUCUAAACAUUUAGCAGCAUUUCGUUGAAAAUUUUCUUAGUGUAGGCGCUUAUGUUAUCUUAAAAAUCAUCGUAAAAAGUUUGAUUUUUGUGGAAAAUGUCCUGUAAAGGCAUUAAGCGUAAAGCUCUAUCUAUUGAUGACAAAGUAAAAAUUUUAAAAGCUGUUGACAGCUAUCCUCAAUUAACACGAGUUCAAAUAGCAAAAAAUUUAGAUCUUCCUGUUACUACGUUAAAUGGCAUUAUUGCUAAGAAAGACAUCAUCUUAAACUCUUCUUGUUCCGGUGCAUCCCAGAAAGUAAAAAAAGUGAAGAAAGGAAAAUACGAAAAUAUUGAAGAGAAACUGAUGAUAUGGUUUAAACAAGCAAGAUCCGCCAACAUACCUGUCAACGGAACUCUUCUUAGAGGAAAAGCAUUAGAGAUUGCGGAGAAAUUGAAUGUUGAUUUUACGCCUUCCAAUGGAUGGAUUGAUCGGAUGAAAAAAAGAGCUGGUCUAGUUUAUAAAACAAUUAAAGGAGAUUGUAACAGCGUUGAUUUACAAGAAGCUGAAGAAUGGAAAGCUAAAUUACCUGAAAUUAUUUCAGGGUAUCAACCAAAGAACAUUUUUAACAUGGAUGAAUGUGGACUGUUUUUCAAUCUUUUACCAGAUAAAACUUUUGCCUUUAAAGGUGAACCCUGUCAUGGCGGAAAAAACAGUAAAGAACGUUUGACAAUUUUAGUUGGGGCCAGUAUGAAUGGUAUAGAAAAAUUACCGAUUUUAGUUAUCGGUAAAUCGAAAAAACCAAGAUGCUUUCGAAAUGUUAAGUCACUGCCUUGUGAUUAUGACAGUAAUCAAAAAUCCUGGAUGACAAUUAAAAUUUUUGAAACGUAUUUGAAAAAAUUAGACAGUAAGAUGCGAAAAGAAAAACGAAACAUCAUAAUCUUCGUAGACAACUGCGCUGCUCAUUCCAAGGAGAAUAAGUACACUAACAUCAAGUUGCAGUUCUUACCACCAAAUUCUACUUCUGUUCUACAACCAAUGGAUCAGGGAGUUAUUAAGGUAUUUAAGCAGCAUUAUAAAAUGCGACUUGUGAAACGGAUGCUGGAAGGACUUGAAAAUACUGGAGAGCUAAAAAAAGUCAAUAUGUUAGAAGCGAUUGAGUUAAUNCUAUAG